AUGGAUCUUGAGAGUCUUAAGAGGCAUUAUUGCAAAAGUCAAGUAAAUGGCACUAUUUCCAUAACCACUCGUAUUGUCCUUAACGAUACUCUGAAGUUCUCGCUGGAAGAGGGAGCGGGUGAACUCUAUUUAACUUUUAUACCCAAGCGUUGCACUCCGGAGAAGAUCGCGCAGGUGGCCAGCGAACUGGGUGAGAUCUACGCCCUGCGCUUUAAGAUCGAUUUCUCGGGCUAUAGUCGUGGAUACGCCUACCUGCAAUAUGUCAAUACGCCCCUCAAGGAAGCAGCGCUGAGAUAUCUGCCGAGGCGGUUCCGACAGAUGAACCUCCCCAUCAGGGUGAUGACAUCCGAGAAUAAUCGCGAGCUAGUGCUGAGCCGGGUGCAGUCGCUCAGGCCCUGGCAAGUUUACCAGGAGAUGCGAAAGAUAUUUCCCUUCACCAUCCUUCGGGUCUACGAGAGCCGACCCACUGGCCAGUUCAUCUAUAUCUUUCGGUACAGCAACAAUGACAAGGCUGCAAGUGCCCAUCGGAGGAUAAGAAAUACCAUCCGAAGGUUCGGGGCGCGUGCUCGCAUAUCCUGGUUAUGUCGAAGUCACUUCUUAAGUGGGGAGAAAAACGAGCAUUGCUGCCGAAAAUUCCAGGACAGUUUGCUAUUCGACGCAGCAAAGAGCAUGACAGAUGUGGAUGAUAUACGUGGGAAUGGUUAUAAGGAUGGGGAGGUGGUAUGCCCCAUCGUGGUAUGGAUGCGGAUGUGGUGA